CUCGAGAAUCGGUAUGGUGGCCAGGCAUAACUGCGGAGAUCACUUCCAUGGUUACCAAUUGUGAGCAGUGCGCCUCCACUCGUGUGAACUUGUCGGAGCCGCUGGUCUCCACCCCUCUCCCCGGUCGUCCGUGGGAAAUGCUCGGCAUGGACCUAUUCCACCUCAACGGACAAACCUUCAUCCUGGUGGUGGACUACUACUCCCGAUUCCCGGAGGUUGUAACGCUAAGAAGCACGACAGCUCAGGUUGUCAUCGACGUGAUCAAGAGCAUCUUCGCUCGCCAUGGAAUUCCUCAGCGCGUAAGGUCUGACAACGGUCCACCAUUUUCUUCGAGAGAGUUCACAUAUUUCGCUAAAUCUUACGGGUUUGACCACAUGACCAGCAGCCCUCACUUCGCCCAGUCUAAAGGAGAAGCUGAGAGAAUGAUCCGGACGGUAAAAGACCUCUUUCGGAAGGCAGAUGACCCCCAUCUCGCCCUCCUCAGCUACCGAGACACCCCGGGAGUGAACGGUUUCAGCCCAGCCCAGCUUUUGAUGGGGAGGCACAACUACAAGAUCAGCCCGAAUCAGCGCAACACGUCUUGGUUCCUGAACAACCACGACCUGCAAGCCCAACAGGGCCGCCUCCUGCCACUGAGCCGGUCCCGGUCCCAACCGACAGCGACGGUGUUGUGCGAACUCGUAGUGGCCGACGUGUUGUUCGGCCGACCCGUUUAAAUUUGUGAAAUUUUAUGUAGUGGGCUUCCUCCAUCUUUCAUCUUUCAUAAAGGGGG